CAGCCCUAACGGUCUGAUCAGCACCCUGGCCCUUGUCAGCAAGUUCUUUGAUGAUAAAGUCUGUAUCGAGGCCUUCCAAGGGAAGGGACUGCAGAUCAGGGCCAUAGACCAAGCCAAGUGCAGCUUCGUGGAUGCCUUCUUCCCCGCUGUCGUCGAUCCCGGACAGACGCCGAUCUUCAGCCGCUUCGACUGCGACCGCCCCUACUUCCCCAUGUGGGUCGCCCCCGCCCUGCUCGGCAAGUCCAUCCGCACCGCCCUGGAUGCCCGCCGGCGUCAGACCAGCGGCAGUGCAGCCUACCUGCUGCACCUGAGUGUGGCGGCCGCUGACCCAGAUCGCCUGGUGCUGGCGGGGGAGACGGUGGCGGUGCCGGGGCAGCGGGCUGCGGGCGUCAUCAAGAGCACGCGGCAGGACCUGGCGCUGCUGACACCCAC